AUCGGCUACCAAUCAGCCGCCAUAUUGUGAAACGUCGUCGCCGGAAAAAAGAAACGCAUCGGACAGUGGCAGUGCCGUGAAGAAAGAGAUCAUUUUCAGCGAAUCAUUGCGCGUUUGCAAAAAGACACUGCCCCAAUCACUAUUUCUGGACGCUUAAAGAUCCCCGCUUGUUUGAAGCCCGAUCGGGAAGAGAACGGGGUGAAAGUGAAUACCUAGCUGGUGCCUCUUCUAGUGUGCGUACGUGAAAAGUGUUUUCUCUGCCGCCCUCACAUUCGUGGAUCCAAUUCUAGUUCCCCGUGCCCAAUUUCUCUCGUGUGUCUAGUGUGCAGAGUUUGGGAAAAACCGGGGGAAAGUGUAGAAGUGCAGCGGCAGACUUUGCAGUUGUGUUGGCAGUGCAUCGGAAAUUCGCCCGCAACCCCCUUGUACCGUGUAAGGAGACGGUCUGUGAGGUUUUUACUGGAUAGGCGAAAGGUGCAGAGGGAGUUUAAAGUAUCCCGUCCGUUUCCGGUUUAGUUUGUUCUUUACAAAAUUCUCUGUUCUAGUGACCAUUCCCUGCUAGUGCGAGGGUGUCGGAAAAUUCACAUUAAAAGUAAAAAGCCAUCCGCCCAACUGUAGGUGAAAAAGUGUGUUAGCAGAACCCUAAAGCUGUGUGGUCCGGUCUCCGAACCGACGGAACAUUUCCUUCCCUCCUGCUUUGGGAGUAAGUUUUGUCCCCACACACGCUUUGUCAACGCCUUCCUUUACCUAUCUAUAGCUUGGUAUCGCGAAUAAAGCUAUCUUCUGCGUCUGCAAGCAUUUCCUUGCCGUGGGAUAAACCCAUACCGGUUCGGGAAGAGUGCGCGUCGUGAGGGAGCAGACGCGAAGCAGCGAAAGAGUGCGGCUUGACGCGCCUAGUGUUGUGUGCUUAGUGUACACGCGUGUGUGAGAGCGUGCGGGCGUGUGUGUGCGUGCGUUUUGCGGAGGAGGACUAGCAAGCGGACCAAGUGCGCGCAGUGCAUUUGCAACAACUGCUUUGUCGUCGGUAUACAGCUUAUUGGAACUUUCAGCAACAGCAGCGCAGCAGUAACAACAACCACCAAUGUCAACCGUGUCAGAUCAGCGGAUGAAAGGACAAGGAAAUCAUGGAAAUGGCGAUUAUAAUUCUUGGAGUGCGCAAGUGAAUCACGGCCCAGGUGGUGUAGGACAUCAGAAAAAAUCGGAUGAUGGCUACUACCGUAAUCAUGGAGCUUACCAGAGUCAUGAUAGUGUCAGGAAUGUCGAAAGAGGUAUGCAAGGACUUGGGCUUGGAUCCGCGUCGCGCAGCGGGAACAGCGAUGGCAACUCUGGCGUAUCGAAAUACUAUCAGCAACAGCAGCAGCAAAAGGAAGCUCCCAAAAAGAUGACCUGGGCCACGAUCGCUUCGCAGCCGGCGAAACCGCAAGUGAACACCACCAGUACUACGGUGAAGAAGAAGGGUCCGGGCAUGCCGCCACCACCGAUGAUUCCUGGCAAGCAUAACAUGGACAUCGGUACCUGGGAUUCGCCGUCCAAGAACGGACCUAGCGUCAUCGUACCCACUCCGCCGCCGAUUAUUCCACCGCCGGUUAUCGAACCGUCACCGCUGGCCGAUCCCGUGCCGUCCAAGUCGGGCGGGGGUCGCGAAUCUGUUGGUGGUGCUUCAUCGCAACACCAUGGUAGCAACAGUCAGGGUAUGGGACCAGCGGGCAUUCAAAGCUCCAGAUGGCCCACACCGGGCCAGGCGCAGAUUCAGCAGCAACAGCCGAGCGGUCCGCCGACGAGCAGCGACAGGAACAAUGGUCCCUCCGCAGGAGCCAACUCCGGUUCGGGAGGCAGCGGAAGCAAUGCUGCAUCUGGCGGUUCCAUGCCGUCCGGAUCACAGCAUCACAACCAGCACCACCAGCAUCAGCAGGGUUCGCAUACGCGCAACCACUCGUCGCCGUAUCAGCCGCCGCUACAGCAGCAGCCUCACCAUGCGGAUCGGCCAGGAUCGAAUUACGAUCGAGCACCGCACCACCAGCAUCAACAGGGCGGUUCGCAGCACGGAAACAGCUACAACCAGUCUCGCAACCAGAACGCUGCCUACUCUCCGUCAGGACCGGGCGGUUUGGCUGCAACUGGACCAUCAUCUGCGAUGGCAGAUCGUCAGAAUAGCGGAGGUUCGGGUGGCGACAACUACCGCCCGCCACACGAUGGCCGAAGUGGCCCACAGCAGCAUAACAGCAUGCACCACCAUCAACAGACGGAAAGGGCUCCAUUCCAUCAUCAGCAGCGUCCAUCGAAUCAUCACGGCGAUCGUGGAUCGGGCGGUAGCAGCUACCAGUCUGCUGAUCGUGGCCAUUAUGGAUCAAACAGUAGUUCCGACGCUGUGUCGCAUAACAGCAGCUCGACCGUGCCGCCAGUUACGACCGCCCCAGUAGCAGUAAAGGCACGAUCGCCAUCACCUACCAUCUCAGAGAGUGAAAUGGCUCUGAAACUCGCCGAAUCACAAAAAAUUCUUGACCAAUUGAAAACCAAAAACAAUUAUAACCCUGCCUCGUUGGAUCUACUGAAAACAGUCGAUUUAGCAAGAUUCUUCGUGAUCAAAUCAUAUUCGGAAGACGAUAUUCAUCGUAGUAUUAAGUACGAGAUAUGGUGCUCGACCGAGCAUGGCAACCAGCGCCUGGACCAAGCAUUCCGAGAGCGUGAGGAAAAGGGCGGCACGGUGUAUUUGUUCUUCUCCGUGAACGGUUCGGGCCAUUUCUGCGGCGUGGCGCAAAUGAUGACCGCCGUCGAUUACAACUCCAACUCGAGUGUCUGGUCGCAGGAUAAAUGGAAGGGUACGUUCAAGGUGCGUUGGAUCUACGUGAAGGACGUACCGAACUCGCACCUGCGCCACAUUCGGCUGGAGAACAACGAAAACAAAUCGAUGACAAACUCGCGCGACACACAGGAAGUGCCAAAUGCGAAGGGCAUUCAGGUGCUGCAGAUCAUUCACAGUUUCGAGCACCAGUCGUCGAUAUUCGAUGAUUUUCAGCACUACGAAAAACGCCAGAUGGAGGAGGACACGCGUAAACAUGAAGCACCUCCGCCAUCGAACCAUUCGUACCACAACCAGCGAGACCGGCGCGAGAAUCAGGGCGGUGGAAACUACUAUGACGGCCCUGGCAAGUAUCACGGUGGUGGUGGUGGUGGCGGCGGCUAUAACAACAAAUACAAUGACCGUGGUGGAGAUGACGGCUAUGAUGGUGGGUACGGCAGUCGAGGUGGUGGUGGCUAUCAUGGAGGAUACAACAAAGGCGGAAGCAGCGGUGGUUACGGAGGUUAUAACAAUCGUAACAACUACAACAAUCGUGACGAUCCGGGACGUGGUUAUCCGAGCUUUGACCGGCGUAAUAAUAAUGGCAACAGUGGCGGAAGCAACAACAAUGGCGAUGAUCAACAUGAUGCUGCCGCAUCGGGCGGAGGUGGUGGAGGUGGCUAUAAUUCGCGCGGUGGUUAUAACAAUCGCUCACGAGAUUAUUAUCGCGACGAGCGCCGGGGACCGAAUGACUACGGUCGAGCUCGAGGCAGCGACUUCGAUAACGGGCGAGACAGUGAUGGUGGGGGUAUCUACCGAAGCGGAGACCGUGGAGAUCGUGGAGAUCGUGGAGAUCGUGGUGAACGUGGUGAUCGUGGUGAUCGUGGCGAUCGCGGAGAUCGCGGUGAUCGCGACAGAGGCUCUUCUCGAGACCACUUCCGGGAUCGGAACGAUCGGAUGAUGGGUCCUGGCAACAAUCGUGGAGGAUCUGGUAGUAACGGCAGCGGCUCUAACAUCUUCAGAAAUCCAAAUUAGGCAACUGACUAAUAACUGAAAGCUAUCCGAAUACACGAAGGACUUAUCACUACUGCCAUGGUGGUAGGAGAAAAACUCAACUGCAGGCUGAAGAUGCGGAACGCAUCCUUCAGACAGACCGAUGGUUCCUUUUCUUAUUAAUCUGAUGGUUCAUGAAUGGAGGACAUCGGUACAGAUACAGAUGAUAACCCAUAUUAAAACGAAGGUAAAAGUGAGUAUAAAGGGUAACAGAAGCUAACAGGUGACAGAAACACAACCGCGACUUGGCUAUGCUCGGAAUAUUUAUCCAAAAGUGCUUAAGAGAUGCCAACGUAUUUCGUUGAUGUACUAGAAUGAUACGACUUUGAGGCAGAUGUAACAAUAGCGUAGAAAAAUAACAAGGAUAACAGGAGAUACAAUUGGAUAAUCUGCAUGGCAUUAUCUCUUGUGCAUCUUAAAUUACGCUAGCCAUGUACUACUCAAAAUCCCGCGCCCUCAAAUCCACAAGACUGUCUACUCUUCAUUCUCCCUUACCCCACAUAAAAACUAGGUACAUUGCAGUCUAAACAAGAUAAAAGUACAGUACUAUAGUGCAAAAGAAAGUAAAUUGUUAUGAAUGUUGUCUUAAACCGCCUGAUUAAGUAUCCACAAACAAACAGCACUUGAAGAAAACGUGUAUAGAUGAAGGGAGCGGAUGUAGUUCAAAAAGUUCUUACAAACAAUAUGUUUUAUCGAAGAAGUAUGUUUUUAAACUGUAGGAAAUUGUAACGUAUAACAAACUAAACUCAAUUAAACGGAAAGAGAACAUAAAAAAACAAGAAAAGAAAGAAAACAAACAAGAUACGAAAUAUAACAACGUUACAAGCAAACCCGUAUGAAUACAUACCGUAAGAAGAGAACAAGUAAAACACUGCUCUGUCACCAUAUAUUCUUUAAAUACUGUUAAGUUGUAACUUAAAUUAUAUAAGCUAAGCUGUGUGUUUGUGUGUCUCAGUCAAAGAAACAAGCAACGCUGGGAAGCAAUGAAACCCAGCAUUACAAUGAGAAUUAGGAAUGAUGACAAGAGCUGUGGCAAGGCACAAACAAGAAAAGGUCGAGGAAAUGCGUCAUACACAUAGCAUUGCCACGAUGAUGCAAAAGGACUGAAACUAUUGAGGACAUUGUGACAACCACCCCCUCCCGAUGCUCUAACGGAUACGAUGAAGUAUGAUUUUAAAUGGGGUGAGCAAGUAGUGCCGCGUAGCCAAGCUCAACAACUCGUAGUCGUUUUACGGGCAUUCAACAUUCAAGUAUAUUUUGUUGACGAACGAUGGCAAAAAUGUGUCCUGUGCGUGUAUUUUGAAGGUAGAAGAAAAAUGUCAGUAUACACACAAGUAACACAAGCGUGAUUAUUAUCCCUGAACCACAAGUCUUAUAGUAAACCAGUAUAUGCCACUGAUGCCGUAUACUACAAAUCUAUAUAUUUCAUCACCGUGUAGAACACGACGGUGGUAUGCACUAUUUAUGGUUUCGAUUGUGCUUUACGGUAGAAAAGGUAUCACUCGGUACCAACCUUUGAUUUGGGAGUAAUUCUUAGAGACCGUAAUAACAGAAGGGGGAGCACUGGGAAUAGCUGCAUGAGUUUUGCACCGUUUGGCGGUAGUAUAAUCAGAAUCCCACUGAUCCAAGAAGCGCUUCUAUGUGGAAGGUAGAUAACUAAAUUAUACGACGAACCGAACAAAAACAAAUUUUGGGAUUACAUUUGGUGCAGCAAGAAACUAAUUAUAGUAAUUAUAUUCCAACAAUACUUUUUUUUUACUUAAGUUAAACAAAAAAUAAAGCGACAAAAAAGGCAAGAUGUAUUAAGGAUAUACCUGAGCGAGCGCAGGUUAAAUUCAUUGCUGCACACCGUCUCAGUGGUUAACGUGUUCGGACGGUUGUUAAUCAUCAUUAGUCUUGUGCUUAGGAGGCAAUACAAAUAAUAAAUCAUCCCAAAUGCCACGAAUAUUACAAAACAACAAACACUUUUACACAUCCACACAUACACCAAUCUCUAACUGUAACAGUCUCUUAUCCUCCCGCCACUAAAUCGAAAAAUUUUGAACUGAAGCAAAAAUAAAUAUAUAAGUGUAACGAAACGAUAAGGGAAAUGAAAAAAAAACUUUCUAGAUUAAUACGGACACAUACACACGUACGUGUUUCUUUUUCUGUGUACUUGUGCGUAUUCGUCUAUUUGUAGCGUGACGUGAGUUUUAUCGUUAAAAACAAACGGUAAAAUUUGGUACGAAAGUAGUACGCGCUCUCGAUUGAAAACAAGGAAAAGUACACACCACGAUACACGGCACGACUACUAUAGUCCUUUAGGAAUGCGAAAGGAAAAGAAUGUGUAAAAGUGUGUACAUGUACAUGUGUGUCGUGUGCAUAGUGAGUUCGCAGUAUACCGUAGAAGUUAUCCGAUUGGAAUUUUGUAGGAUUGAAUACAAUGUAACCGUGGGGAAGGACAUGCAAUUUGUAGUUGCGUACACAACACAAACAGCAUGG